CUCCGUUUCCUCUCCGGGAGGGAGAGCGGCUGCGAGCCCCGGCGCAGGCGCUCUCGGCUGCUGCUGCACUUGGGGCCCUGCUCUGCCUCGUGUUUUCACUUCCUUCCCUCCGAGCUGUAUCCGGGUCGCUGCUUUCCCUAUUGUCUCAGCAAUCGGCCUGGGACUGUGCAAUUUUUUUUUCCUGUUGCUUUUGGUGCAGGCUAAUAAAGUUUUUCUUUCUUUUCUUUUUUUCCCCUUACAGUUUUAACGGGGGAUAUUAACUCUCCAGGCCUGCCGGGUUGGCCACGCUGCCUGGAGCGGAGGGCGCCGGUGCCCGGGGAGUGGUGCCCGGGGAGCUCCGUGGGAAGGGGGCGCGAGAGGCCGGGCCAGCUCGGAGAAGACUGGGGGGCGGGCCGGGGGGUGGGGUGCGGGCGGGGACUGCAGGGGUGCACCUGGGAUGCCCCGAUCCGCUCGGCGGCACCGCCGAUUUUAAGUAGCAUCUUUCCGAUCUGUUUCCGCGGUCUCAGUCCCCGACCUCUGCGCUGCCUGGGCUCUCGCAGCCUCUCUCUAGUUCUCCAAACGACCACCUCACGGAUUCCUUAUGGAUCGCAGCUCCAAGAGGAGGCAGGUGAAGCCUUUGGCAGCUUCUCUGCUAGAAGCUCUCGAUUAUGAUAGUUCAGAUGACAGUGAUUUUAAAGUUGGAGAUGCCUCAGAUUCUGAAGGGAGUGGUAAUGGAAGUGAAGACCCCUCAAAGGACAGUGGAGAAGGUUCCUGUAGUGAUUCUGAAGAAAAUGUUUUAGAAGAAGAACUGAAUGAAGACAUCAAAGUAAAAGAAGAACAACUGAAAAAUUCUGCAGAGGAAGAAAUACUGUCAUCAGAAAAACAGUUGGUUAAAAUGGAAAAGAAGGAAGAAGAAGAAAAUGGAGAAAGACCUAGAAAGAAAAAGGAAAAAGAAAAGGAAAAAGAGAAGGAAAAAGAAAAAGAGAAAGAGAAAGAGAAGGAGAGAGAGAAGGAGAAAGAAAAAGCAACAGUAUCUGAUACUGUGGCUGCUUCUGCUGCUGCCCCCUCACCAGCCACGAGUCCUCCUGCUGUUAACACAUCUCCUUCAGUCCCCACUACAACAACAGCUACAGAGGAACAAGUCAGUGAGCCGAAAAAGUGGAACCUUCGUCGAAAUCGACCCCUUUUGGAUUUUGUAUCCAUGGAAGAACUGAAUGACAUGGAUGACUAUGACAGUGAAGAUGACAAUGACUGGCGACCUACUGUAGUAAAGAGAAAGGGGAGAUCUGCAUCUCACAAAGAAGGAAGUGAUGGAGACAAUGAGGAUGAUGAAGAUGAGGGAAGUGGGAGUGAUGAGGAUGAGAAUGAUGAAGGCAAUGAUGAAGAUCAUAGCAGCCCUGCCAGUGAAGGGGGUUGCAAGAAAAAGAAGAGUAAAGUUCUUAGCAGAAACAGUGCUGAUGAUGAGGAACUGACCAAUGAUAGCCUGACAUUAUCUCAAAGCAAGAGUAAUGAGGACUCGCUGAUUCUUGAGAAGAGUCAAAACUGGAGUUCUCAAAAAAUGGACCAUAUUCUGAUUUGCUGUGUUUGUCUUGGAGAUAACAGUGAAGAUGCUGAUGAAAUAAUUCAGUGUGACAAUUGUGGCAUUACAGUCCAUGAAGGUUGCUAUGGAGUUGAUGGAGAGAGUGACUCUAUUAUGAGUUCAGCUUCUGAAAACUCCACUGAACCUUGGUUUUGUGAUGCAUGUAAAUGUGGUGUUUCCCCUAGCUGUGAACUGUGUCCUAAUCAGGAUGGAAUUUUCAAGGAGACAGAUGCUGGAAGAUGGGUUCACAUUGUUUGUGCCCUGUACGUUCCUGGAGUGGCAUUUGGAGAUAUCGACAAAUUACGACCAGUAACACUAACUGAAAUGAACUACUCCAAGUAUGGUGCCAAGGAGUGCAGCUUCUGUGAAGACCCUCGUUUUGCUAGAACCGGAGUUUGCAUUAGCUGUGAUGCAGGGAUGUGCAGAGCUUAUUUCCACGUGACCUGUGCCCAGAAGGAAGGUCUGCUUUCAGAGGCAGCAGCAGAGGAGGACAUAGCAGAUCCAUUUUUUGCUUAUUGUAAGCAGCAUGCAGACAGGUUGGACAGAAAGUGGAAGAGGAAAAACUACCUGGCUCUACAGUCCUAUUGUAAAAUGUCCUUACAAGAAAGAGAGAAGCAGCUGUCACCGGAAGCACAGGCAAGGAUCAAUGCUCGGCUGCAGCAGUAUCGUGCCAAAGCAGAACUAGCUCGAUCUACCAGACCCCAGGCCUGGGUUCCCAGAGAGAAAUUGCCCAGACCACUCACUAGCAGUGCUUCAGCCAUCCGUAAACUGAUGCGGAAAGCAGAGCUAAUGGGGAUCAGUACAGAUAUCUUCCCGGUGGACAAUUCAGAUACUAGUUCUAGUGUGGAUGGAAGGAGAAAGCAUAAGCAACCUGCUCUCACUGCUGAUUUUGUGAAUUAUUAUUUUGAGAGAAAUAUGCGCAUGAUUCAAAUUCAGGAAAACAUGGCUGAACAAAAGAAUAUAAAGGAUAAAUUAGAGAAUGAACAAGAAAAGCUUCAUGUGGAAUAUAAUAAGCUGUGUGAAUCUUUAGAAGAACUACAAAACCUGAAUGGGAAACUUCGAAGUGAAGGGCAAGGAAUAUGGGCCUUACUAGGCAGAAUCACAGGGCAGAAGUUGAACAUACCGGCAAUUUUGCGGGCACCCAAGGAGCGAAAACCAAGUAAAAAGGAAGGAGGCACACAAAAGACAUCUGCUCUUCCUACAGUACUUUAUAGUUGUGGAAUCUGUAAGAAGAACCAUGAUCAGCAUCUCCUCUUACUUUGUGAUACCUGCAAACUCCAUUACCACCUUGGAUGUCUGGACCCUCCUCUUACGAGGAUGCCAAGAAAGACCAAAAACAGUUAUUGGCAGUGUUCGGAAUGUGACCAGGCUGGGAGCAGCGACAUGGAAGCGGACAUGGCCAUGGAAACCUUACCAGAUGGAACCAAACGAUCAAGGAGGCAGAUUAAGGAACCGGUGAAAUUCGUUCCACAGGACAUGCCUCCAGAGCCCAAGAAGAUUCCAAUAAGAAACACGAGAACCAGAGGACGAAAACGAAGCUUCAUUCCUGAUGAAGAAAAACAUGAGGAAAGAGUUCCUAGAGAGAGAAGACAGAGGCAGUCUGUGCUACAGAAGAAGCCCAAGGCUGAAGAUUUACGAACUGAAUGUGCUACCUGCAAAGGAACUGGAGACAAUGAGAAUCUUGUCAGAUACCCUUCAUGAGACCCAACUCUGCCACAGCUCAUCCUCGGAGGCAAUCCUGGAAACCUCUUUUAUAAGUGUGAUUUUAAAAGUGUGGAUAACACUCUCAAUAGAGUACAUAAUGUAAAGGAGAACAGCUAUCUUGUCCUUUCCAUAAGCUUAUCACUGCAAAAAGUUGCCUUUGCUUGUCAGGUUUGGAUAGAAUGUAAUUGAUUGGUUUAUUACUUGGACUGACAAGGCACUUAAUUUGUGUGGAUUUUUUUCCUUCUACUUUUUUUUUGCACUAAUCAGGAAUAUUUGAUAUGUGCAUUGUUGAAAAAUAUUAGAUAACGUCUUGUCAGAAUUGUCCUACUAAGUAAUGUUUUUCCCUCUUGCUUCUUUGGCAAAUGAUGAUAUGCAGUAUUUGGACUUACUGAAGAGUUGUGGAAGCCUAUGGGACUUAAAUGCAAUGUGCUACUUACUGCUGUCAUUGACAAUACCAGUAACGAGAAAGACAGUGCAUUCUAUUACUCUGCUAUUAUGUUUCAUUCAACCGAAUACAUAUAUCCAUAUAUGAAAUGCUGCAUUGAGCAACUAUAGACUCUUACAUUAAACAUUUCUAAUAUUCAGAAGUGAAAGACUUGCAAAGCAUAUGUAUUCUAGUUUUGACUUAUUAGUCCUUGUGUGAAAGCACUAAUAUUAUUAGCAUGAAAUUUUUACAACUUCACAUUUUGAGCUUAUAAGUAAGAAUAUAUCUGUGUUGAUCUCUAGAUGGUUUUAGUAAUGCCCAAAUUUAUUCAGUCUUCAUUGAUUUAAUAUGAACUUUUUGUGUUCAGUAUAAUUUUAUCUUUCUCGACCUUAAGGAUAAGGUUAAGAAAAAUAAGGAGGGAGAUACAAAGCUUAUUGACUAUACAGCCUGCCAGCUGAAAGAUCUUCAUCAACAUCUUUAUUUUUCCAGGGUUUACAGAAUUAAAAUUUGAUCUUCAAGCUAUAAUGAUCAAGUUUUAAGUCAACUACAGAAAUAUGUCAAAUAUUUCAUCACUCCAUCUUGAACUGACUUAGAAGAGACUCUUUGUUGAAAUUGAAAUUCACAUACACAUGUAAAUUGUCAACUUGUUUCUUGGAGUUUCCUGAUUUGUAAAUGUGGUUUUGGGCAUCAUUUCAGGUAUAGUGGCAAUUGAAAAUAGUUUACAUCUUUAGGAGUAGAGUAGGCAAUGUGAUACAUAAUCAAAAGCAAGUGUAAAUAUAAAGUUUCUGUAUGCUAGUAAUGAAUAGUUAUAGUAAGCAACCAUAUUACUGGAUGUUUACUAAAAAUAAUAUGUAUAAACUUAGAUUAACUUAUUGAAAAAUUGUAUAACAUUGGAGGAAAAAUAUUAAUAACCUGUAGCAAAAUAAGUAGGCUUAUUUUUUAAGAAUAAGAAUGGACUCAUUGUUUAUUACUAUGUAAGUUUAAGAAAAAUGUUGCUAAUUAUUAUGAUUGCUGAAGUCCAGCUGAUUCUAAGAAAAAUUACAGAUUGCCAUUUUCUUAAAAGAAUGUGCUAAUGAACUAGACCCUGGCCUUCCUUUGAUAUAUGCUCUGAAAUGACUAGUAGUCAUUUUAUGUUAGAUUUCUUGAGAACUCAUUAAGCCAAUAGUUUCAGUAUCACUAUGAAUCAACAUCCCUUCCACUAUGGUUCUAAUUAGAAUAUUACAUUGUCAUUAUUCUCCAUCUUGCAGUCUUCAGUGGUCAGUAGGCUAUUCCAGACUUGGUGCUAGCCCUAGGAAUCUGUCUCACACAUCACAAAUAUAAACUGCAUAAUUCGUAAAUAUUGGUUCUAGAAACAUGUAUUUGGAAUAGGAGAACUUUUGAAGGGAGUGGAAAACACUUUCUCCUGAUAAUCUCCUGAAUGCUGUCAUAUUUCCGCAGUGUAAAAUUAAAUCUUUUCUGUAAUUGGUCCAGUUGCUAUUCAAAGGAGAUAUUAAUAGGUACUUAAGAAAAUAUGAACCAAUAUGAACCAAUUGACAGACAUAUGUGAGAGAAAACAGCACAACAGGUAAAUGAUGGCUAUUUGUAUUGCAAUAGGAAAA